GCCCGGAUGCGUAGAGAGCCGACAAGUGGAAACAGGGACACACCCUCCCGUGAGCCCGCCCCAGCUGGAGCCGCGGCGCGCUGAGCGAGCAGGCGGGGCGGGAGCGCCCACAGCUCGGAGCCACCAGGCGCUGACGAGGAGCCCGGCUGAGGGAGGAUGCGCCGGUGACGCCUGCGGGAGCCGCGCGCCUGGGCGGGAGGAUGCUCCAGAGGGGCCUCUGGCCGUGGCGCGCGCGGCUGCUGCCGACCCCUGGCACCUGGCGCCCAGCGCGCCUGUGGCCGCUGCCGCCUCCGCCCCAGGUUUUGUGUGUGAAGCUGUGUGGAAAUGUGAAAUACUACCAGUCACACCAUUAUAGUACCGUGGUGCCACCUGAUGAAAUAACAGUUAAUUAUAGACAUGGCCUUCCCUUGGUAACACUUACCUUGCCAUCUAGAAAAGAACGUUGUCAAUUUGUAGUCAAACCAAUGUUGUCAACAGUUGGUUCAUUCCUUCAGGACCUACAAAAUGAAGAUAAGGGUAUCAAAACUGCAGCCAUCUUCACAGCAGAUGGCAACACGAUUUCAGCUUCUACCUUGAUGGAUAUUUUGCUAAUGAAUGAUUUUAAACUUGUCAUUAAUAAAAUAGCAUAUGAUGUGCAGUGUCCAAAGAGAGAAAAACCAAGUAAUGAGCACACUGCUGAGAUGGAACACAUGAAAUCCUUGGUUCACAGACUAUUUACAAUCUUGCAUUUAGAAGAGUCUCAGAAAAAGAGAGAGCACCAUUUACUGGAGAAAAUUGACCACCUGAAGGAACAGCUGCAGCCCCUUGAACAGGUGAAAGCUGGAAUAGAAGCUCAUUCGGAAGCCAAAACCAGUGGACUCCUGUGGGCUGGAUUGGCACUGCUGUCCAUUCAGGGUGGGGCACUGGCCUGGCUCACGUGGUGGGUGUACUCCUGGGAUAUCAUGGAGCCAGUUACAUACUUCAUCACAUUUGCAAAUUCUAUGGUCUUUUUUGCAUACUUUAUAGUCACUCGACAGGAUUAUACUUACUCAGCUGUUAAGAGUAGGCAAUUUCUUCAGUUCUUCCACAAGAAAUCAAAGCAACAGCAUUUUGAUGUGCAGCAAUACAACAAGUUAAAAGAAGACCUUGCUAAGCUGGACAUGGUGGCACAUGCUUGUAGCCCUACCUACUUGGGAAACUGAAGCAGGAAGAUCCCUUGAACCCAAGAGUUCAACGCUGCAGUGAACUAUGAUUACACCACUGUACUCCAGCCUGGGCAACAGAGCAAGACCCCAUCUGUAAAAUAAAAAAAUUUAAAUAUAACACCUUGUUAAUUAUGUUUAAGGUAAUAAAGUGGAGAUAAAAAGAUAAAAGUGGUAGGUUAAGGGUUUUUUUUUUUAAGAAUGUUAACUGGAAAACCAUUAUAAAGGGUAUAAACUGUAUUUUUUUUUUUAAGGCAUAAGGAUGAAUUAGUAAACUUAAACUCAUCUUUUAAAAAGAUCCACAUAUAAAAUUGAAAUAUUUAUAUCCCGUCACUUUGGGAAGCCAAAGUGGGCAAAUCACUUGAGUCCAGGAGUUCAAGACCAGCCAGAGCAACAUGGCAAAACUCCAUCUCUACAAAAAAUACCAAAAAAUAUUAGGUGGGCAUGGUGGUGGGCACCUGUGGUCCUAGCUACUUGGGAGGCUGAGGCAGGAGAAUGACUUGCACCAGGGAGGCAGAGGUUGCAGUGGGCUGAGAUGGUACCACUGCACUCCUGCCUGGGUGACAGAAUGAAACCCCAUCUCAAGAAAAAAAAAAAAAAAAUAUUUUAGCCAUUUGCCACUAAUAGUUUAAACAUUUUAUUGCUGUAAGGAGAUGCUAAGUUUAUAGAAUUCCUCUCAAGCAGUAAUGUUGGUAUGUUUCUCUUCUUUCUGAUCACAUGCUUUUUCUUUUUCCCAUGACAGGCUAAAGAAUCCCUGAAACAGGCGCGUCAUUCUCUCUAUUUGCAAAUGCAAGUAGAAGAACUCAAUGAAAAGAAUUAAUCUUAAGAGUUUUAAAUGUCGUCAGAUUUUCCAUUACGUAUUGAUUUUGCAACUUAGGAUGUUUUUGAGUCCCAUGGUUCAUUUUGAUUGUUUAAUCUUUGUUAUUAAAUUCUUGUAAAACAGAAGUAUUGUUUGAAGUUCUCAACUGAGAUUUUUACUUUUUGGAUUUUUAUGACUUGCUAAUGUUAGAAAGGGCUUGUAUGCGUCUAUCAAAGCAACAGUGGCUGCUGUUAGCUAAAAAUCCUUGUCAGCUUGUCCCACGUUUAUUCUCCAUGUGGAGGUGAAAGGGUCUGUGCUUGGCAUUCACUUUCAUUCUUAGACUUAAUUUGGAAUCAUCCUUUUAAAAAAAUCAGAGACCAGGUCUUGCCAAAUCAAACUCCUGGGCUCAAGCAACCCUCCUGCCUCAACCUCCCACGAAAUCAUCUUGUCAUUAACUUCUUUUUUUAAUAUGCAGUAGUUGGGAGUAAGGUCUUUUUAUCAUUUAUCAAAAAGGCAUAAAUGUUCCACCAACCAUAAAGUAUAGUUGGUACUUUUUGAACUUCAACUGAAACAAUGUAUAUAAACGAUUGCUUUUGAACCUGCAAAUCACAAGUUUCAGGUAUCGAAGCCAAAACAGUUAACUUUCUUCAGCCUCUGGCAGAUUAUUAACAAAACAGUAUUAUUCAGAUUCUAUAUCAUAUUAAUGAGAAUUGAACCUUGAAAGUAACAUCUGUUAUUCUAUUAAUGUGAUUGUGUGUGAAUGGGUCUGAUGACUGUUGGACUGUUUGUAGGAACUUAACAUGGAAGAUGCUGACAGAAUCAGAUUUUGCAGGUGUUCAACCUAUAGUGGCUAAGAAUUAUCAUGUUUUCUAUUUUCAUCCUCAGAAUGCCAUACAACAAUUCUGGAAUGCUGAUUUUUUUUAAAGUAGGAAUUAAAGUCAUACACAAAAUGUGGUAAUUCAUAUGUAGAUGAAAUAUUAAACAUUUAAAUGACCGAGUAAAAAACAUCUAUCAAUUACACAAAUGAACAAGAAUGUUAGAAAAAUGUAAUAAAAUAUGAAUUUCAAAUA